AGUGCUACAUAUCACAACAGGCCACAACAUCAUUCGCGAUAACAGCCAGACACUCCCUGUACAGAUGCACAGGAUCAGCCAUCCCUUAACUUGAGGAUCAAGUGGUGUUCUUACAGCGCUAUUGAGCAUCAUCUUCAUGCCAGUAGGAAAGGACAUGGUGCUCUGCAUUCCAAAAUAAAGCUUUGGAUUUUUGCUGAGGAGCCAAUGCUUUUAUUACAAUCUCGAAACGAAUAUGAAAAAGCAGUGCUAUGGGCUAAAUAUUUCUGCAUGCUCUGUAUCUACUUUCACAAAAAUAUCAGCGCUACAAAUGUCAUGGCGAUCAACAUACAGAAGUUCAAAAUUCCGGAAUGUGUAUGGCAAAGUCGGCCAGCGAGAGGCGUGCUAUGAAGGUAUUCCUAUUACCAGGAAUGUCCAUGACAACCACUUCUGUGCUGUCAACCCCAAAUUCCUUGCAGUUGUCACAGAGAGCUCAGGAGGAGGAUCUUUCCUGGUUAUACCGAUUUACAAGGUAGGUCGAGUAGAUCCACAUCACCCAAAGAUAUGUGGCCACCAGGGCAACGUUCUGGACAUUAAAUGGUGUCCAUUCAGGGACAAUAUCAUUGCUUCCUGCUCAGAGGACUGCUCUGUGAGAAUCUGGGAGAUUCCUGAUGGUGGCUUGAGACGCAAUAUGACAGAGGCUCAGAUGGUCCUGAUUGGUCACAGCAGGAGGGUGGGACUUAUAGAAUGGCACCCCACUUGUAGUGGAAUACUCUACAGUGCUGGAUAUGAUGGAAAGAUUCUGUUAUGGAACUUGGAGAAGGGCGAGGCUGUGAAGAUGAUUGACAGCCACUCAGAUGUGGUCCUCUGCAUGUCCUUCAGUAGAGAUGGAAGCCUGCUGGCCACCAGCUGCAAAGACAAAAAGCUACGAAUUAUAGAAGCACGCUCAGGAAGGGUGCUACAGGAAGCAUACAGUAAGAGCCACCGAGUGAGCAGGGUGGUGUUUCUGGGCAACAUGAAACAUGUGCUUACAACAGGACUCUCACGAUGGAAUACUAGACAAGUAGCAGUGUGGGAUCAGGAGGACUUGUCUGUGCCAAUCAUUGAGGAAGAGAUAGAUGGCCUCUCUGGACUUCUCUUCCCUUUUUAUGAUGCAGACACACACAUGCUUUACCUCGCAGGCAAGGGAGAUGGAAAUAUCAGAUACUAUGAGGUGAGUCCAGAGAAGCCUCACCUGCAAUAUCUAAUGGAGUUUAGUUCCUCUGCUCCCCAGAAAGGACUCGGUGUGAUGCCAAAGCGGGGUCUGGAUGUGGGAGAGUGUGAAGUGUUCCGUUUCUACAAACUGAUUACUCUAAAAGGUCUAGUGGAACCCAUUUCAAUGAUCGUGCCACGCAAAGCAGAGAUAUUCCAGGAGGACAUCUAUCCAAUGACUUCUGGUGCAGAGCCAGCACUCACUACUGAAGAGUGGCUCAGUGGGAUAGACCGAGGACCAGUCCUAGUAUCCCUUAAGGAGAAAUAUAAGCAGCCGAAACCAGCUGGUCCUAAAGCUGCUAAGAGAGAGAAGAAAGCAUUGGCAAAGACGAUGAAAGGAUUUGACCUGCUGGAGAAUGUCUCUCCCAAGUCAGACAAUGAGUUCCUGAGGAUGUUCUAUAGGCAGCAAGAUGAACUUAAACAACUACAGAAGGAGCUCAGAGAUAAAGAUGAGAGAAUCAAACACUUGGAACUGGAACUCAACAACUUAAAAAAUAACAUGACAUUAAAUUUGAGCAUUAGUAACAAUUAGUAACACAUUUUUCAUACAAUUUUACAAGAGGAAUUUAUGAAUAUAAUGGCUUUAAAAGAAAAAUCAAAAAUAUUACUGGGGAGCAUUAGACUGAAGGAUGUUUACUUGGCUUUCAAUGGGAGCAUGUAUUUUGCAGACAUCUGUAUGAGGUCUAACCAUAUGUACAAGAGUCCCUAAUACUGACCUUAUUUCUAGAUCAUGUCAUGUACAUAUUCCCACUACAAUUACUCAAGUCAAACAGGUCAUGUUUACAUGACAUGCAGCUGAGAAAUUAUGAUUCUUGUCACUGUUUAUGUGGCGAUUUGGACCAUAUUUAUGGAAGAGAUUUAUAGGGAUGAACUGGAAGCAAACGCAGUUGGAUUUUGCCUUUAAGGCCCCAACCAGGCAUUAUUGUCAUGACCCAGUGAUGAUCUGAUCCACCAGUAGAUGGCAGCGAGGUCAUUCUGCCAUGUGUUUCUUAGGUAUACUCCCACAGGUUUAAACUUCAUUCUUUUAUUCUUGGUUUUGAUCAUGUGUGACAUUUCACAAUGACUGAUCUAAUUUCCAAGAGCAAAUACAAAUGAGAGUAAUUUUAAUAGAAAGUUAAAUCCUCUCACUACAAAAUGCCAUUCACUUGAUGCUUAAUACUUUUUAUGUAUUUAUUGUGCAAUAAAUACAUCUUCUUGGUA